CUCAAGGAAAAUGAAAGUCAAAUGAAAAUAAAGUUUGGUCAAUGGAAGUCAUCUUCCACUUCCUCCACUUGGAUAGUUCGAUCAACGUUCAUCUUCUCUCAACUUCUUCAUCCGAUCCGGCCUGCUCGAUUUCUCUCUUCUUUGAUCCAGGGAAAAUGAAGAUGUCUUGUGGUGUAGGUGAAUCAUCAAAACCAGUUAUGUCUCCUUAUGAUGAAGCAAUGAAGGCUUUAUUUUCUCUUAUAAUAAAGCGUAGCCGUGCAGAUAGCACCGGUGACAGAUUUGAUUUACUUUUUGAUUAUAUUAAGAUACUGGAAUUGGAGGAACCAUUAAAAAAGAUGAAGGUUAUCCAUGUCACUGGUACCAAGGGAAAGCCUUACCCCCUGUAAAAAUAGAGGCUGGUUCGGUUAGAUCCUGGAUGCAUUGUUACCUUAAUUGCUGAACACUUCAUAGAAAGGGUCAACUUGCACUUUCUCAGAAUCUAUAUUACGUAGUUGUGGUUUCCACACCGGGCUUUUUACAUCUCCUCAUCUCAUUGAUGUUAGAGAAAGAUUUCAAUUAGAUGGGGCAGACAUUAGUGAAGAAAAGUUUUUGACUUAUUUCUGGUGGUGCUACAAUAGACUCAAGGAUAAUACCUCUGACAAAGUACCGAUGCCUACUUAUUUUCGCUUCCUUGCAUUGCUUGCAUUCAAGAUUUUUUCUGCAGAGCAGGUGGAUGUUGCUAUAUUGGAAGUUGGCUUAGGUGGAAUAUAUGAUGCAACUAAUGUGGUUGAGAAGCCAGUUGUUUGUGGUAUAACUUCCAUUGGGUAUGACCAUAUGGAAAUUUUAGGAAAUACACUUGGGCAAAUUGCUAGAGAGAAAGCUGGAAUCUUCAAGCGUGGAGUUCCAGCUUUUACCGCGUCCCAGCCUGAUGAAGCUAUGCAUGUGCUUAAAGAGAAGGCUUCCGAGUUAGAUGUAGAUCUUGAAGUGGCAGCCCCAUUGGAUGCCAGUUUACAUAGCGGAAUUCAUCUUGGUCUUAGGGGUGAACACCAAUAUACAAAUGCUGGUCUAGCUGUGGCAUUAUGCUCUACUUGGCUUCAGAGAACUGGUCAUGCUGAAGUUGAUUAUUUAAAGGACACAGCAUCUCUGCCCGAGCAAUUUCUGGCAGGAUUGGCAAAUGCUACUUUACAAGGAAGGGCUCAAAUUGAACCCGAUAGAGUAAUAGAAAGUGAAAGUGCAGGGGAUCUUGUUUUCUACUUGGAUGGUGCUCAUAGUCCUGAAAGCAUGGAUGUGUGCGGUAAAUGGUUUUCCCUUGCUAUCAAGGAUGACCACUGGCAACACAGUUGUAAAAAUGAGGCACACCAGACUAGAGCUUCUUAUGAAUCACCACAGAUAGACAAUUUCCAGAAGCCAAAGAAAAGUUCUACACAGAUUCUGUUAUUUAAUUGCAUGUCGGUGAGGGAUCCUCAACUGCUCCUUCCACGCCUGAUGAGUGCUUGUGCAAUGCAUGGAGUUCACUUUAAGAAGGCAUUGUUUGUUCCCAACACAUCAUCAUCCUUUUACAAUGUGGGUACCAGCUCCUUGAACCCAGCAGAUAAUCAAAUUGAUGUCUCUUGGCAGUUGAAUCUUCAAAGGUUCUGGGAAAACCUUAUUACUGAGAAAGGCAGGGAAAUGGUGAAACACGUGGAUAAAAAAUGUGACGAAGGGAUAGAUGAUACGCUCAAAGGAGCUCGAAGUUGUGAAAACAGCACUGUAUUCCCAUCACUUCCAGUUGCAAUUAAUUGGCUCAGGGAUAACGUUCGAAACAACAAGUCUGUUCGCUUUCAGGUCCUUGUAACAGGCUCUUUACACUUGGUGGGUGAUGUUCUGAAAUUAAUAAAGAAAUGAGGUUCUAUACAUUCAAGGUUUGUUUUUUAUUUAUUUAUUUUGCAAAAGUCCAUAAAUACGAGUAAUAUGCAAACUCUGAAAGGCAAAAAAAAAUGCUUCUUGUUCAAUAUAGGCAUUUCAUUUUUAUCUCAUUUGAACCUGAAAUUUGGAGGAUUUCCAAAAUCGUAGUUGGUUAUAUAAUAAGUUACUCCGUCAAGUAAUUCGAUUGGGCUUUUAUAUGGACAUUCUUUGUCCAGACAGUGAGAUAUAUACAUAAUGUGUGGUUUGGUAACAUUGUUAUGUCACUU